GCUUUUGCAAACACAAAAAAAAUUCAGAAUAUUAAAAAAUUGUAUUUUUUGUGUAGUUUAAAUGAUUUUACGUCCAUUGAGUAAGGCUUUUAAGCCUCCAUCCACAUCAGAUGCAGCCUGCAUAUUGCUUGUAGCUGUCUUUGUGCCCCUUACCUACAUUUUUCACGUCACUGUUGUGAUGCCGGAGCUGCAUGUUGUGGGAGGAUUGUGGUAUACGUUGGUAUGGCUAGCGGCGCUGUUCGUGUUGUUUAACAUCACGUCGAAUCUGCUAGCCUGUAUGCUUGUGGAUACCACCAUUAAAAAGGAAAUACUUAAGCCCCCUUUGGAGCCGGAACUUCUGCGUCAGUGGCACAUGUGCGAUGCUUGCCAGGCACUGGUGCCGCCGCGCACCUGGCACUGUGACGUCUGCGAUGUGUGCAUUAUCAAGCGGGAUCAUCAUUGCCGCUUCUCCGGCUGCUGCAUCGGACAUCACAAUUAUCGCUAUUUCUUCUAUUUUCUGGUCUACAUGUGCAUUGGCGCCGGUUUUGUAGUGAUCAAUGCCAGCAUUUAUCUGUGGUAUCUGCACGCGGAUUACUAUUGGCGGCCUUAUACGGUUAUUGCCUUAUUUGUGCCUGCUCUGAGUUUUACCUUGUUUGCGAGCUGGGAAAAUUUUUACUUGUUUUUGUACGAACUCAAUAUUCUGGCAUUUGGCAUCUCGUUGUUGAUGCUGAUUUAUCACUUCCCCAUAUUUAAGCGUGGCGCAGUGAUGAAGCAACGCAACAGCACCAAACAUGAUCUUGGCCUGCGCGCCAAUGCCGAAAUGGUGCUGGGCAAGCGUAUGCAUUUGACCUGGCUGUCACCAUUUCUGCGCAGUGAUUUGCCACACGAUGGCAUUAAUUGGAUACCUGGAUCAAAAGCAGAAUGAAUCUCUUAGCAUUUUGAAUCUAGUCAACAAAUAAUCUCUCACCUCAUAGCUCGAAUUUUUUUCACAGUUCCAAUAAUAGUGAUUGCAACACGUUUUAGUAGAAUUAAGUAAUUUAUAUUACUUGCAUUUAUUUCAAU